GCCCUCUAGUCGCCCUCCAGCUCUGCGGUUACGGUUGUCGAGGCGGGAAGCAGCUCUAAAGAGCUUGGGGAGCUGGGGGGAGUGACUCCACUUCCUUCACGGUUCCCGGGGCGCUAGGGCUCGCUUCCCCAGUGACCUGGCUGGGAGGAGCUCUCAGGCGUCCGGUCUCCACUCCAAAGGUGUUUGGCGAUCCGUGGGAGCAGGUGUUGGCCCUCCUCGGGGUCAAAUGUGCAGGGGACAAUGCCCCUCCUAACCCAACAGAUCCAAGCGGAGGAUGAGCAGUACAGCUUGGUGGCCAGCCUUGACAACGUUAGGAAUCUCUCCACUAUCUUGAAAGCUAUUCAUUUCCAAGAUUAUGCCACGUGUUUUGCUACUAAAAAUGGAAUCAAGGUUACAGUGGAAAAAGCCAAGUGUGUGCAAGCAAAUGCUUUUAUUCAGGCUGGAAUAUUUCAAGAAUUUAUGGUUCAGGAAGACUCUGUUACAUUUAGAAUUCAUUUAACAGUCCUUUUAGACUGUUUAUCUAUUUUUGGAUCAAGUCCUAUGCCAGGCACUUUAACUGCACUUCGGAUGUGUUACCAAGGUUAUGGUUACCCUUUGAUGCUCUUUUUGGAAGAAGGAGGAGUGGUGACCGUUUGCAAAAUCAAUACUCAGGAGCCUGAGGAGACUCUGGAUUUUGAUUUCUGCAGCACCAAUGUUAUUAACAAAAUCAUCCUGCAGUCAGAGGGACUCCGUGAAGCAUUUUCCGAAUUGGAUAUGACAAGUGAGGUCCUACAGAUCACCAUGUCUCCUGACAAGCCUUAUUUCAGGUUAUCUACUUUUGGAAAUGCAGGAAGCUCCCACCUUGACUAUCCCAAAGAUUCUGAUUUGAUGGAAGCAUUUCAUUGUACUCAGACCCAGAUCAACAGAUACAAGAUCUCUUUACUGAAACCGUCUACGAAGGCAUUAGUCCUAUCUUGUAAGGUGUCUAUUCGGACAGAUAACCGAGGAUUCCUCUCAUUACAGUAUAUGAUUAGAAAUGAAGACGGACAAAUAAGUUUUGUGGAAUAUUACUGCUGCCCUGAUGAAGUCCCUGAAUCUGAGUCUUAAGCGUCACAAUUUACUCUGAUGUUUCCUUAUACAUUCAUGACAGGUUGGUUAUGUUCUCCGUCUGGGUACAAUAUUCUCUGUGAUUUCUUACUGGAUUUUCUAUAGGGGAGAAGCAAAGAGGAGAUAGGAACAAGGUCCCUGUGCCUUAAUUAGCUGCUCUGUAUUUUGUAAAGAAAUGUUUUCAUAUAGUCAUGUAUUAUCCAGUACUGGACUAUCCUAUGGCUGUGUCUUUCAACUCAUGGGAAUCAUGCACCAAGUUGAAUAAAUUAUGUGUUUUGCUCUAUUUAAGUAGAACAUUUCAAGAGUCUAAAUAUUUCAAGUUUGAUGUGAGCAUGAGUGCAUAUCUGAAAUGUUAUUUAUUAAUUAGGAAAAGCAUAUGAGUGCUGCUGAAUUCUGGAGAAUAUAUCUUAAAGCAGUGUUUCUCAAAGUAUGGUACCCAGACCAACAGCAUCAGCAUCAUCUUAGAACUUGUCAGAAACUGCAGGGUUGGGGCUCAGCAACCUGUAUUCUAUCAAGCCUCCCCACUACGGGAUUCAAAUGUGUGCUAAGGUUUGAGAACCACUGUUAUAAAGGAUCCUUUUUUUUAAAAAAAAAAAAAAAAAAAGCAUUUAAUU